AUGUCUGGUGCGAGCCAUGAUGGCCUGGCGAAGCAGGAUCUGCGAAGGAAGGGUGUGUCAGGAGGAGGAUUGUCAAGAGACGGCCCGAGAAUCUCUCAGUGGCCCUCACACUGUGCGACUACGUCACCAAGCCAUGUGCAGAUCGCGAGGCAGAUGGAGAGGAUUAUGGCAGGAACAGCUGUCUACACUGAGACGCCUGUCCAUGAGAGAGUGAUGCGGGACUUGAAGCACAUCCUGCCAAUUGAGCCAACAAGGUCCCAAGAAGAGCCGCCGUCCGACUUGAAGCCGGGACCGCUGGAAGAGAAGAAAGGCGAUCCGGAAAAGAGCAGGAACCAGCCAUGA